UGGUGGGAGAGAUGGAGAACAAGGUGACAUUUUUCAGAUUUCGCCGCACAGAUCACAUCCAAGGGCCUCACUUGCUUUUGAUUUCUGGCCGAGGGUCGUCCACUCUCCUGGUUGCAGGUAUGAGGACACUCCACUGGUGCAUGCUGGGAGUUGCCAUCCUGCUGCUGGUGAUCGAGGUUGUCAUCAGUCAGCUUUGCAAGUCCAUUAUCACCCUGGUGGACGCUUUCCACACGUUCUUCAUCCUCAUGCGCAUGGUUCUUCAUCCUCCAACUGCUCCCUCCUCUGUGGACUCCACGGUGUCUCCACAGGCCUCCUCCUCCUCGGAAACACCUUCUCCCACCCUGCCUGCAGAAGCAUUCACUUUAUCUCUAAGUAGCACCUGUAGGGCAUCCAACGCCACUGCUCAGCCUAACCAUGAAGCAGCCCUACAGUUUGACUCCAAUCAAUCCGUUUCGCCCACAAUCUCUCCUCCAGCUCUCGACUGCAGGGUCUCCUUCGCCGACAGCAGGUUCCAGACUGUGGGGGUUUUCCUGUCCAGUCUCCUCCUGGCUUUACUGAGUAUCGCUUACUCACUGAAAAUCCUCAGUUUUUCCCUUGAUCCUCAUCCAGUACAGAACCACCUGCUGGUUGCUGUGGUCGCAGCUCUCAGUCUGCUCUAUAAGAUCCUGGUGCUCAGUGUGAACUGGGGUAAGCUGAAGGAGGAGUGGGCCGGAGCCUCCAGGCAGCCAGAGAAAGUCUUGGCUGCAGAAGAAUCCAAAGGCCUGGCCAUGCCGGGGCCAGUCCUGGAUGACAUUAGCAAAGUCCAUUCUGCUGCGGACGACUCGCUCUGCAAUGGGGCACUUGUCCUCUGUAACCCAGGAGCCUCCAGCAUCCCUGAAGCAGACUCUAAAACCCCACAGCCAGAAGUCCAUCUGCAUGCAGCAGCUCCACCGGACCAGAGUGGUUCUGCAGAUCUGACGGCAUGCAAGGUUGAGAGUCAUUCAAAAGACAUCACAGAUACUUCUCAAGACAAUAACAGCAUGGGACAUCCUGACGUUCCAGUCUGCAGGUUAUCACAUCACCCUGAGAGUCCCGCACCGAGCGGCCAGCGGCCGAUCUGCCUGCUGUCUCUCCUCCUGGUCGUUCAGGGCCUUUUCUCUUCCCUCCUGUCUCUGAUCGAAAGCGUGGUGAUGCUGCUGUUCGGCCCACAGUGCCUGCACGGCUCUGGAGCCUGCGGCCUCCUGCCUUACCUCGAUCCUGUUCUGUCUCUGCUGGCUGUGAGCAUGCUGAUCGCCACAGCUAUGCCCCAGGUGCACAGGUACGGGCUGCUGCUGCUGCAGGCCACACCUCCACACCUUUGUGUGUCUGAUCUUGGAGAAAGGAUUGCAGGCGUCCAUGGAGUGCAGGCUGUGCACGACCUCCAUGUCUGGCAGUUAACAGAAUCAUUCACAGUGGCCUCUGUCCAUGUGCGGUGCCAUGCUUGGUUUCCAGCACACAGGUGUGCUGAUCUGAUGUUGGCCGUCACUAAGGUGCUGCAGAGUGUGGGAGUGAGCUGCUGCACCGUGCAGCCAGAGUUUACUUCAUGCUCUUCAGGCAGUGCAGGGAGUGUCCCCUCUCUACCUCCGCCCCUGGCCUGCAGCCUGGCCUGUGGAAAGGCCUGUUCUAAGAAAAUGUGCUGCACUCUCCUGGAAGAGGACACCAGCAGCACGCUGGCGCCAACAGCUGGAGGAACAACGGAAGAGCCUCAAACACUCCUCAUAGAGAACACCUUCAACUUGAAUUAGUUUCAACCACAGAGAGAGCUAAAAAAAACAGUUAAAAAACAUUAAAAAUGUGUUCAUUAAAAAAGUGUUAUGUUGGUUUUAUUACAUUAACAUGGUGCUACACCAAAGAUUUAUAUCAUGUCAAGAGAAAUUGUGUUAAAAUAGAGAAUUAUGUUCCUUUAUUUGUAACUUGAAUGUUUGUUUUCUCUUGUACUGAAAUAAAAUGAAUGAUCCUUAA